AUGUACUUCUACCAUGGCGCCCCCGACUGGUUCUUCUCCGCGAUGGCCUUCAUCGGUUUCGUGUUGAGCUUUAUUCCGCUCCCCUGGCACCUGGAAGCUUGGAAUGUCGGGACCUGCCUCUACAUGAUCUGGACGGGAUUGGCGUGUCUCGUUCUCUUCAUCAACUCUAUCGUCUGGCACAACAACGUCAUUGAUUGGUCCCCGACAUGGUGCGACAUCUCGACCCACUUCAUGAAUGGCUUCAACCUCGCCAUCCCCGCUACUUCCCUUUGCAUUAAUCGUCGCCUGUAUCAAAUCGCCUCUGUCCGCAGCGUUACCAGAACGCACGCAGAGAAACGCCGAGCAAUUAUUAUCGACUUGCUCAUCGGGCUUGGCUUGCCCAUCUUACAGAUUCCCCUUCAAUAUAUCGUCCAAGGUCACCGAUAUAACAUUUUCGAAGACAUUGGUUGCCUUGGGACGACCUACGAAACUCCCGUUGCUGUUGUUCUCUUCCACAUGCCCCCGAUUAUUAUCGGCUCCAUCUCAGCGGUGUACUGUGUGCUGUCCAUCCGUGCCUUCUAUGCCUCCCAUCUCCAAUUUAAGGAACUCCUUUCUUCUUCCAACACGAAUCUUAACAUUAACCGUUACUUCCGGCUCAUGGCCCUCGCCUCGGUGGACCUUAUCUUCACCAUUCCGCUCGGAAUCUGGGUGCUCUACAAUAACGUCGCUGUCGUUGGUCUCAGUCCGUGGAUCUCCUGGGAAGAUACCCACUCCAACUUCUCGCGCGUUGUCCAAGUCCCCGGCAUCUUCUGGCGCAGUGAUCCAUUGACUGCUGCCAGUCUGGAGACUCUUCGCUGGGCGACCAUCUUUUGUGCAUUUGUGUUCUUCGGAUUCUUUGGUUUCGCCGACGAGGCGAUGAAGAACUACAAGACCGUCGUCAACAGUGUUGCCCGCAAAGUUGGUUUAUCGACUGCGGGAAGCACGACGCUUGGCGGAAGCAGCGGUGUGUUAUCCUCCAAUGGCACCGCGUCCAAGUCACGUGGCAAUGGACCCACUCUUCCCGUCUUCAUUCGUAAAGAGACAUCGCGCAAGCGCGACUCUCUGGACUCCUUCUCUUCCGCUGGCCUCGAUUCGCUCUCCUACAUCGACAAGGAAAAGUCCUUUGCCGGUACCGAAUCGUUUGCUGGUGCAUUGGACAAAUCCUUUGGAGCCAUCGAUGAGCCUUCUGGGUCGGGCUCAGCCUCUCUGGCAGGGGACUCUGACGCGGAGGAGAUUGAAGUGUCUUCUCUGCAUCGCGCUUCGGUCUUCCUCCCUCAAACAACCGCUUCCGCACCCACACACUCCGCAAAACCCGAUGUUCCCAUUCCCGCCAAUGAUAUCGGCGGAGGGCGAGGUGGAGGUGUGUUCAACCCGGGGCCAGCCAACAUAGACGCCCGUGUGGCCAACGACUCUGAUAAACAACUUGUGGCCAGUCGCGCCGGCAUCACAGUCGCGCCCAAUGACCUUCCUCUACGCCCUGAUUUCGGAACUGCGGGACGGGCAAUCAAACUCCGGGCCAAUUUCUUCCCUGUCCGUCUUCCUAGCGGACCUCUGUACGAAUACGAUGUUGCAAUCACUCCCGUUGCUGGAACUGCUGUGCGUCGUGUGAAGAAACGUAUCUUCCAACUGGCGGAGCAGUCCCAGCAAUGGGCCCCGCUCACAAACAGAGUCGUCCAUGAUUCCUCCGCCAAAAUCAUCGCGGUCAACCAGCUGCCUCAACCUCUUCAAAUUCGCGUCCCGUACUACGAUGCUGAUGAGACGCCACCUGCCCCAACCGACAAGAAGUACAAAGAAUACACCCUCAAGAUCACGUUCACACAAUCACUGGAUAUGCAAGCCCUUCAGCAAUACGUUUCAGGCAACUUCCAGUAUCGCGACUACGACAUUAUGCCUCUAAUUUCUGCGAUGAAUCUUCUGCUUGCCUCGCACGCCAAUCGUACCGGGGUUCAAGUGGGUCGUAAUCGUUUCUUCGUUCCAUCUCCUGGGCGAGCAUCGGAUCUGGGAGGUGGUUUGGAAGCAUUCAGAGGCUUCUAUUCUUCUGUUCGCCCUGCCCAUAAUCAACUCAUGGUGAACCUCAACGUGUGCACCACGGCAUUCUACAAACCGGGAAAUCUUGCCAGAGCUAUGAUCGAGUUCAGAGAUUCCACUUUUGGCGCUCGACCUGAGGCUUUUGUGAGGGGGGUCCGCGUCAAAACAACUCACCUGGGAUACAAAAAAACCGUUAAGAAGCUGAGCAACAAGACUGCCAAGAGCCACAUCUUUGCCUGUGCCGAGUUCAACAAUGAGAAGGUUUCCGUUGAGACAUAUUUCAAGCGUCGCUAUAACAUCACUCUACGCGAACCCAAUAUGCCUCUCGUCGAUGUGGGAGGCGCCAAGCAGAACCUCCUCCCUGCCGAAGUUUGCGAGAUCCUUCCAGGUCAAGCUUUCAAAGGCAAACUGACCGACGACCAUACCGCCGCAAUGAUCAGGGUUGCUGCUCAACCCCCAGCUGUCAAUGCGGCAGCUAUCACUGGACCGGGUCUCGACCAACUUGGUUUCCGACAAGGCGGAGGAGCGUUGCAACAAUUCGGCGUCAGUAUCGGUCAAGAGAUGGCCGUUGUUCCAGGUCGAAUUCUUACUCCUCCUCGCGUGGUUUAUGGUCAAGGCACUCCCAGCGUCGACGACCGUGCGAGCUGGAAUCUGCGUGAUGUCAAAUUCAAAGUCGGCGCUACUUUAGACAAGUGGAUUGUCUUGCUCAUCCGUGACGGCGGCCGUGAUGAGUUCCAAGGGCCGAAUGACCCCGAAUUGAUUCGAACCAUGCAGGGCUUUGUGAAGAUGUGUAACACUUCUGGGAUGAAGGCUUCCCCGCCUUCGGCAUUCAAGGAGGCUAUCCUUCCUCAGAAAAACAGCGCCGAUCCAACGCGAGCACAAGCGAUUCCGGUCAUCCGUACUGCUAUCAACACGGUCGCCAGCAAACCAAAACUGGUUUUUGUCAUACUUUCCAACGGCGAUAAGCAUGUUUACUCGGGCCUCAAGCAUCUUUGCGAUAGCUACAUGGACAUCGGGUCUAUUUGUGUCCAUGCUGCUAAAAUUCGCAAAGACAAAGGCCAACUCCAAUACUUUGCAAAUGUUGCUUUGAAGGUCAACAUGAAGAUGGGUGGUGUCAACCACGGGUUGGAUCCCCAGAACAUGGCCUGGCUGAAACAAGAACCAACGAUGCUGGUUGGUAUCGACGUGACGCAUCCUGGUCCUGGUUCCGUUCAUGGCACGCCAUCCAUCGCUGCUGUGGUUGCUAGUGUCGACCAGCAUUAUGCACAAUACCCGGCGAGCAUGGAGAUCCAAGAGUCUCGGAAGGAGAUGGUCACCAACCUGAAGGGCAUGAUGCUUCAAAGACUGCGACGAUUCGCGUCGAUGAACGGCAAUCGCCUUCCGAGUCGUGUCUUGGUCUAUCGGGACGGUGUUUCGGAGGGCCAAUUCCGAACUGUCAUCGAAGAGGAGUUGCCGGAGAUCAAAGCUGCUUUCCGCGAAACCCCGGUGGCGAAUUACAACCCCAAGUUGACGAUCGUCAUCUGCGGGAAGCGGCACCACACGCGGUUCUAUCCUGCAGAACAGAACGAUGCGGCAGGAGAUGGAAAUCCCAAAGCCGGCACUGUCGUUGACCGGGGUGUUACUGCGGUCUACGAGUUUGACUUUUUCUUGCAAGCUCACGGUGGCUUGCAAGGGACGACUCGACCGACGCACUACUAUGUCGUCCACGACGAGAUAGGGUUCACCGCUGACCUGCUGCAAGGCCUGACUAACUCUGUGAGCUAUAUGUUUGCUCGUGCGACCAAGGCCGUGUCGCUUGUUUCGCCUGCUUACUACGCUGACCUUGCGUGUGAGCGCGGACGGUGCUACUUGCACAAACUGCUCAAUGGCAUCACCUCUUCCGCGUCGACGACCACCUCGAACAGCACACAGGACGAGGCAGUGAUGCAGGAGGCCGCCGCUGCUUGGCAUGGAGGUGUCGCUGGCGUGCAAUUGAAAGAGACAAUGUAUUAUUUGUAG